AUGGCACUCAACAAUUUCCUCUUCGCGCAGUGCGCCUGCUACUUCCUGGCCUUUCUGUUCAGCUUCGUGGUGGUGGUGCCGCUGUCCGAGAACGGCCACGACUUCCGCGGCCGCUGCCUGCUCUUCACCGAGGGCAUGUGGCUGAGCGCCAACCUGACGGUGCAGGAGCGCGAGCGCUUCACCGUGCAGGAGUGGGGCCCGCCGGCCGCCUGCCGCUUCAGCCUGCUCGCCAGCCUCCUCUCGCUGCUGCUGGCCGCGGCGCACGCCUGGCGCACGCUCUUCUUCCUCUGCAAGGGACACGAGGGCUCCUUCCUCUACGCCUUCCUGAACCUGCUGGUCAGCGCCUUCGUGGUCUUCCUGGUCUUCAUCGCCAGUACCAUCGUCAGCGUGGGCUUCACCAUGUGGUGCGACGCCGUCACCGAGAAGGGCACCGUGCCCCACAGCUGCGAGGAGCUCCAGGACAUCGACUUGGAGCUGAACGUGGACAACUCUGCCUUCUAUGAUCAGUUUGCGAUGGCCCAGUUCGGCCUCUGGGCCUCGUGGCUGGCCUGGCUGGCCGUCGCCAUCCUGGCCUUCCUGAGAGUCUACCGCAACUACCGCCAGGAGGACCUGCUGGACAGCCUGGUCCACGAGAAGGAGCUGCUGCUGGCCAGGCCAGCGCCCCGCGCCGCCUUCCAGGACGCGAAGAGUGCUGUCAUCUAG